AGAUUCAGUGUUUACUCACAUAAUUUUGUGUAAUCUUAGAACCCUUCCACAUAUCUAAUAGACUUUAAAGUGAAUUCAACAUAUGGCUGAAGCUUUCCUUCAAGUUCUGCUAAACAAAUUGACUUUUUUCAUCCAAGGGGAACUUGGAUUGGUUUUGGGUUUCGAGAAGGAGUUCAAAAAUCUUUCAAGCAUGUUUUCUAUGAUUCAAGCUGUGCUAGAAGAUGCUCAAGAGAAGCAAUUGAAGUACAGGGCAAUAAAGAAUUGGUUACAGAAACUCAACGUUGCUGCAUAUGAAGUCGAUGACAUCUUGGAUGAAUGUAAAACUGAGGCAGCAAGAUUCAAGCAGGCUGUAUUGGGGCGUCUUCAUCCACUGACCAUCACUUUCCGUUACAAGGUGGGAAAAAGAAUGAAAGAGCUGAUGGAAAAGCUAGAUGCAAUUGCAGAGGAACGAAGGAAUUUUCAUUUGGAUGAAAGGAUUGUAGAGAGACAAGCUUCUAGACGGGAAACAGGU